AAAAUGAGAGAAGCAAUUCAUCUAAUCCCACUCCUCUUCCUCUUUUUUCCCGCCUUUUUUCCCUCUCUCUCCCAAUCCACCAAUCCAGCUCAGCCCGCCACCGCCGACGACGACGACGACUCCUCCGUCGUAUACCAGCUCCACCAAUUCAAGCUCCGAAUCGCUCAUUUAGAAUCGGUUCUGGCUGAAAGCGUUGUGAAUCUGAAUGAGAGAGUCGAUCAAAUCGAAAAGCGCGAGCAGCGGAUUGACGACAUGUCGCACAAGAUCCACCAUUUGCAAUCUGUUCUAUCCACUCUCAAGGGAGACUCAUUGCUUGCUGAUCAAAGACUCAAUGCUCUAGAAGAAGAGGUUCGGCGUCUGUGGGCGGCUUCGAGGAAGAACAAUUUCGAUAUUCAUGUUUUGGAGUCUAAAGCACAGGAUGCUGAGGAGAGGCUUGAGAGUGUUACUUCUCAGGCUGAGAAGAUGAAUGACAUUGUUACUGAGCAAGGGAUUGAACUCCAGCGGCUUCAGCAGGCGCUUCAUAUUCAACAAGCAAGGACUUCCAGGGUUCGAAGGCAAGUAAGCUAUACAAGAUGCACUUUUUUGAAGUUCUUCAGUCACAUUCUUGAUGACCAUCUGCUGAAGCUGCUUGGGUCUAACUUAGAUCCGUUUUCUCAUGUACCCUGCAUCAGUUGGAAAGAAUCUUGAGAGCAUUUAAGAGGUCUCACCACGAGUGCAACAGUUGCACUUGCAUACUUCCAAGUAAGAAAGUUACAACAUUCCAUCAAAUUGGCAUUGGAGAAAAAUGAAUUUUCUGAAGCUCUUGUCAAUGACGAAUUGAUUUUCUAUCUGGCCACUGCCCUCAUCAUCUUGCCAAUAAUGAUGGCCUGGAUGUUUCUCUCCUCAAGAUUUCAAGCUAGUUGCUCUCUUGACGUGACCUACAUGGACUCGCAGACCUAUGCGAGUUCUGAGACUGAGUGAACACAGAUCCUAAUUGCUAACAGAUAUUUUGCUUCAACUUAUGAGAUCAAUGACCUUAGCUUUACAAAUUAAGAAUCGUCUGUCAGAUUCGGGUUGUAUAAUCGUAUCAGUAGAUACCUGAUGCAUAUAUAAUUAAUUAUAUAUCUUGUUAUA